AUGUAUCCACUCCAGAAAGAGCAUGCUGAAGCAGCGAAAGAAGAGCUUCCAGCUGGAAAAGAGUUUGAGUCCUUGCUGAAAAGGCUCAGUGGGAGCGUAGUCGAGGAAAAGGUAAAGAUUGCGAUUGCAGGCAGAUACUUCGCAACUGGAAAAGAAGCAGAGUACGAAAGAGUAAUAGAAACAGUGCAGCCCAGGAGUGUGGAGGAGCGCACCCUGAAAAACAACCAAGACAUCCUUGUUCUGCUCGUCAGGUACAAUAAAGAGCAAAAGAUUGACUAUCUUAAAAAAUCAAAAGAAUUGAUAGCAAAAACACACAUCUUUCCAACAGUCAAAACGAUGUUCCUACUAGCAACAGAGGCCCCGCAGGAGGAAAUACUCAAAGAAAGCUACAAACUGGACAGAAACUGCAAACACUCAGCCAAAAUAAAAGCCAUCUCUUUCAUUGGCGCAAAGAAGUACAGUGAGGCCUCGUCUCUCAUAGAAAGGCUUUCUGCAUCAACAGAAAAAACAAUGCUGCAGUUGAUAGUAUCUGUCUUUCAGGGCCUUCCAGCAAAAAAAGAGAUAUACAACAGGCUCAUUGAAGAGAUAAACAAGAAACAGAGGAAGCUAGAUAAAACCAGCACACAAGCAGAAGAGAAAGAAGAAAUGGAAAAAUUGGAUAAGUACACAGAGUACGCAAAGAGGCUGAUGAACGAAGGGCCGGGAAUUGGCUACGAUCUAAUCAUAUCUGAAAUAGACAGCGCUCUAAAGAACACAACAGGAGUGGCUCUGGGAAGUGCCAAUCACCUGAUGGAAAAAACAACCAAAAACCCAUCAGAGGCUAUUAAGAUGCUCCAAGUGUCUAAAAAGCUAUUCUUAGAAGUAGAGAUACUCAGAGCUGAAGCGCUGCUUGGAAAGAAAAGGUAUAUGGAAGCAAAUGAGCUAGCACAGACAUUGAAGAAAGACCACCACGCUACAAUGGAUGGAAGUGCGGCAGAAAGGAUAGCAAUAAUACUGAUCAGCUCCUCGUUGCACCUGAACAAAAUGGAAGGCAUGGACAUUUCGUGGAUUGUAAAUGCUCUGUCACCGAGAGAACAAAAAAAGAAAGACGUAGGCCUAUCAGACUUUGUCGAGCUGAUAAAAAACAAAGAGCCAGGAAUGGCGUCUUUUGACCACACAGUGCUGGCAUGGACAAAAAAGAUGAUAAAACUGUCAAAGAACACAAAUCUUAUCUGGCGGCCUAAGAUAGAAAGCAGCAAGUAUUUCAACCGUUUGGGCAAUAUAUACUUCGCACACAAGGACCCAGAAAGAGCCAAAAAGGCGUACGAACAGGCAAUUGCCACAGGAACAGAGUCGCAGAUAGAAGAUACGCGAGAGAACAUGCAGAAGCUGGAAGAGUGGAUGGCGAGAAAAGAUCUUCCAAUAAAAGAGUGUCCAGAGGCCAUGUGUCUCUUCAAGUCGCUGGGUAACACAACUGAGAAUCCCAGUGCAAUGGAUUACAUCACAGGAACUACAUCGCAUGAAACAGCAAUGGAAACAGCUGAGAUGUUGGAAGAAAUAGCCAACGCCCUGAUAAAAGACAAGAACACAGUAGAAGAAGCGCGAAUCAUAAACAUUCUGUCUCUGUGCAGCCUUGUGAAGUUCAAAAAACAGAUACUUACACCACUAGAGAUCUCAGAAAGCAAUAUUUCGGUGAUUUACAACCACAUAGUAUUCUGGAUACGAGAAAAAAAAGAAAUAGACAUGGGAGCAGUGCAGGAAGCCAUCAAAUGGUACACUUCAAAGCAUUCUACGCCCUCCCAGACAGCGGUGGCCAAGUGUGCAAUAAUGCUUACACUAAAACACCUGGCAAAGAGCGGAAGAGUGAAAAGAUUUAACGAAGUAUUUGUGCAGGUGGAAGAGCACAUCAAAAAAGAUCCAAAAGACAGAAAAGAGAUUGAUGAGCUAAGAGCCGCACUGGAAGAGAUUAACACGCCGGUUAAUGAAGCAGCAAAUGCGCACGAAGAGCCAAAGAAAGAAACUGUAGCCAAAGAAGAGCCCAUAAAAAUAAAACAAGAGGAGUCGGAAGAGCUCCUUUCAAAAAGAGAGGAAGUCAUGCGUAUGCUAACAGAAGGCCCAGAGAAAAAGCAGCCAAAGAAAACAAAGAAAACGAAGUCAACAGAAGAUAAAGAAAGACCAGUGAAAAAACAAAAAGCUAGCAGAGACAAAGAUCUGUCAGAAGAGGAGCCAAUAAAGCCAGAGGAAGAAGAAAAACCACAGCCAGUCCCCAUAAAAAGAGUCUCGCACACUAUCCUGUCAAGCGACGAGGAAGAUGAAUAA